AUGGAGCUGUUCCGCACUGACACCCAUUUUAUCUUCGUGAAAGAGAGGCACAGCCUCUGGUGCGACAAGUAUACCGGCGAAUUCGCCGCGAAAUCAGAUUGGGAAUGGGCUACGCCGAAGGAUUUAGAAUGUCUGGGAAUGUUUUAUGGAAUAGUGGGGAAAAUUGAACAGACAUCGGUACUGGAACCUCGCUUGAUGCUCAUAAAGGAUAUCACGCCAGCGGGAGAGUUGCACGGUGGUCGUGUUGUUUACAAAAUCAAGUCCAUCGCGUUUCUACACAUUGGCACGGAGAAUACGGAUAUUGGCUUGCUGCCCUGCAAGAAACAUCAGUAUGUGUUGAAGAAGAAAGGGAGCAGCGGACUGUUUGACGUACCGCAGAAAGCAGCUCUGGCGAAGACCUGGGGUACGAUCAAGAACGCCACAAAUACCAUAAAAAAUACUACUGCCGCAUUGGCUACAUCUCAAAUGAAGUCCACAGUGACAAAACGAGGUGUAGUGAAGGACAAAGACAGAUUUGAGAAGAGAAUAUUGGAAGAACUGAAUAAGAUAUUUACCGAAACUGAUUCAUUCUUCUUCUGUCAGACUGGUGAUAUUACUAAUAGCUUGCAGCGACAAUGCGUAUUGGAAUCUCAGCAUGGACAGGACAAUCAAGAUAAGCCAUUGUGGCAACGUGUCGAUGACAGAUUUUUUUGGAACAAAUACAUGUUAUAUGAUAUUAUUAAUCUAAAUACGGAUAAAGCAAACUGCUGGAUACUACCGAUCAUUCAAGGAUAUGUUCAGAUAGAAAAAUGUAUAGUGGAGGUAGGUUUUGAUGAACAACCACAACAAGAGAUAUUUAAUCUGGCGAUUAUAUCAAGGAGGAGUAGGUUCCGUGCUGGAACUAGGUAUAAGAGACGCGGAGUGGAUGAUGAUGGCAAGUGUGCAAAUUACGUUGAGACUGAACAAUUAGUUUGGUAUCAUGAUCAUCAAGUAUCCUUUGUGCAAGUACGAGGAAGUGUGCCAGUAUAUUGGUCUCAACCUGGGUACAAAUAUAAACCUCCACCACGGAUUGAUAAGGACGAGGCUGAAACGCAGGUAGCAUUUGAAAAGCAUUUUGGUGAAGAGCUUACUUUGUACGGGCCUAUUUGCAUUGUUAAUCUGGUCGAACAGUCUGGCAAAGAAAGGAUUAUUUGGGAAGCUUAUAGCAACCAUGUAUUUAAUUAUAAUAAUUCAGAUAUAACGUACACCACUUUCGAUUUCCACGAGUAUUGUCGAGGAAUGCAUUUUGAGAACGUAACUAUUCUGGUUAAUGCAUUGGCUACAAUGCUAGCAGACAUGGGUUACUGCUGGCGCGAUAAACAAGGUAUGAUUUGCAUGCAAAAGGGCGUAUUCCGUGUGAAUUGCAUAGAUUGCUUAGAUAGAACAAACGUGGUGCAAACCGCUCUGGGUAAAGCUGUUAUGGAAAUGCAGUUUUCAAAAUUGGGACUAAUACCACCUGACGGAAUUCUGCCUGCAAACAUAAUACAGACUUUCCAAUCGCUUUGGGCUAAUAAUGGAGACAUUAUUAGCAAGCAAUAUGCGGGAACAAAUGCUUUAAAGGGAGAUUAUACGCGUACUGGGGAGAGAAAAUUUACCGGACUGAUGAAAGACGGCAUGAAUUCCGCAAACAGAUACUAUCAGCAACACUUUAUGGAUGACUUACGUCAGGCGGCGAUAGAUACGCUGCUAGGGAACUCGAUUGAUGUUCACCAACUGAACAACGAUUGGUCACACUAUUUAGAUAUCCUUGAUAAUUGUUGUCUCGAACUUAUACCUAUGAAACCACCAAAUAUACAACUUCAACUUGCUACUCAUCCUGACUUCCUUUAUGCCACUGCUCUAUAUAAUUUAGCAAGAUAUUACUUGAAUCGUUUCAAGGAUGUCUACAGACAAGCGACGAUUGAUAUAAUGUUGGGUAAUUCAGUAAGCGAAGAAGUAUUCCUAGAACGCACGGACGAGGAAGACAACGCGGCAACUGCGAUUCACGUGAAAUUGCUGAUUGAAGACUGCAAAAAAUUACUGAUACCUGACCCGGAAAUUAUUCUAGGCAGUUGGGGAGUUAUCGAUGCCGAUCCUGUUACUGGCGAUCCAACGGAGACGGAAAUGGAUACUAUUUUGAUAUUGACCCGAGAUAGCUAUUAUAUUGCCGACUACGACGAUCAAAUCGAUAAAGUUACAAACUACCAAAGAGUCUUACUGGAUGAUAUCGUCUUAAUUGAAUUCGGUCAACCUGAAAAUAUGGUCUCAUUUUUCAUGAAGAAUAAACAUUAUCACUGUAUUAGAAUCAAUUAUAAAGUAAACAGCGAGUACGGUUACUUUCACAUGUUUCGUAGUACGAAUUUAAGGUUUUUUAAUAACAUGGCGGUUGUGAUUAAAACUGAGGAGGAAAGCAUAGAAUCUUUAAAGGCAAUCUGUGAAGCCAUUUCAGUAGCCAUGGAGAUAGCAAACUUGCCAAAGGUUCCCAUAGCCAUGAAUGUUAUGUUAGAUAAAAGAAAGAGUAAAUUAGUGAAUGUUAAAGGCUCCACCGGAUUGUUGGAUAUUUCAUCAUUUCCAGAACUAACAAGAAACGUAUCUGAGACUCAAUUGCUUGCUUUAAAGACAGCAGGUACAAAAGCUUUAACCAAUAUGUCGGAGCAAUUCAGCAAAUUGAAUAAACUGAGUUUCGGCGCAAGGAAGCCAAUUGAUUUAGCGAAGAGUGUAAGUAACAGACAGACGGAGAACAUAACAAAGCCGAUCUUUACUGUCGGCAACAGAAAUAUCUCAGGUAAUGCAGAAGACAAGAGUAAUAGCAAUAGCAGCAGCAGUAGCGAGGAUAUUGAAAUGACACACGUACCCGUCGAGAAGCCAGCGAAUUUCAGUCACGACAAGCAUUUAAUGGAAGCUUAUACACCAUUGAUUGGUAUUAUUAUGGGUGUGAAAAAUACUAACGUCGUGGACGGUGGUGUUUGUGAGACCAACGUGAACGAGGAAUUAUCCAAGAUGAGACAUAACGACAUGAAUUUAAAUUCAAAACCUGAUGUGGCCAUUGACGCAUUGCAUCUGAUUCCGCAAACUGGAUCCGGCACCAGCACUAUCAGCGCUUCGCCACAAAAGACUACGGCGACUACGCCGGAGAUAACGGUGUACGAUGUAGCGGGCAACAUAGGCGAGGAAAGAGAUCGAACCAUUCGAAUGUCAAGCUUAACGCUUUCUAAGAAUAUCAGUCAUUCGACGGGGGACGUUGAUAAUAAAGCGUUAUCAGCUGGUAUUAAGAGCACUACUCUUCAAACGGAUGGUAGAUUAGAUGACAAGAAAAGAUCAGCCUCCGAACAUGAUUUGACGUUGAGCAUUACGUCGUCCCAGAGCGAAUCUGCCUUAAAAUCCAUAAAGGAAAAUAUCACGAGCGUUACUAGUCCAGUAGCAUCUACAGCCAAAGAUAUAUUGUUGCCGUUCUCAAAAUUUGCAAAAGGUGUUCAAACGUUAGGAGCUAAUUUAGAUCCCAGAAAACUGAAGACAGGUCAUAUAAUGCGAAAUUUGUCAGAACACCAUAUGGAAGAGCGCCGGAAACUUCAAGAAAGAUGGGCCUCUUGUCAAUCUAAACUUAUUGCUUUGUAAACUUUACCUAAAUGACCAGCUUUCUGAACGCGAUUCAUCAUUAAAUAUCAAUUUUUAGAGCUUAUUAAUGAUUGUGUGUUCGUGAAUAUUAAAAUAUUUACGAAUUCAGUAUGUCAGCGAUGCAAAUACUCUUACGCACCCUUAAAAGAAGGAAUAAAGUAUUGAAGCGUUGUAUUAUAGACAGUUUUAUUAUAUAUAGAUUGCAUAAUUUAAUAUGAAAAAAUAUCACGUAGGAAGUAGCAAAUUUUGAUCACGUUUUGUAGAAAAUCUUAUAAAUCGAUCUCACUGCACCUAUUUUCAUAUAUUUUCACAUUUCACAAAUAUAACAUUAUUGAUGUGAAACAUACGAAACAAUUCACUGUAGGAAAGAAAACUGCAUGUUGUGACAAACAAACUAUGACUAACACAGAGUACAAUGUGGUCAAUAUUUAUUCGUAAUCAUAAUUUGACGAGUUAACAAAUACUGAAUACAAACAAUAAUUGACAAACGAACUGAAGAAUUUUGGUAUUGCUAUAGAAUUGUGCUGUUCUUUUAGAACCAUUUUCUUGACAACCCAACAUCUAUAUGUGUAAAAUUUAUUAUACAUCUGCUAAAUUUUUGGAACGUAUUUUUAUUGUUAAUGACAAUUUUUUGAAACAAAUGUAUUUAAUGCGACCAAUCGGUAUCAAAACAGAUAUUGAUACAUAAAUAUUUUAUAACAGGAUUAAACAUUUUAUUCUUAUUGCAUCAUUAAGUCUUGCCUUGUAGUAGUAUCAAGAUUUCAUUUUUUUUAACAGAAAUAUGUUAUAUUUAUUUAAUAUACGUAGAUAAUUCUUUUAUAUCAAACUACAUAAAAUAAAUAACGUAAAAUGCAGAUGAGACGAUUUAUUUAUAUGGAAAAUCAGGGAGAGAAUAAGCUUCAUAGUCAAUUAUGUAAAUACAAAGGAAUUAUUUAAAUAUAGUUUAAUAAAACGUAUAUAUAACGUAUGGGGUUAGUGAUAAAGAUAUGAGUUUGAGAUACAUGGUUACCAAACACAGAACAAAUAUGAUACAUGACUAUUCUAUUCUUGUUAGCUUUUCGAGAAAUAUGUGUUAGAAUUUUUUUAGAAUUGAAUAUAAUAAUAUAACUUUUAAAGUCAAUAAAAAAAAUACAAAUAGAAAAAUUGAAGA